CUUAACUCGUCAUAACUUCCCUGUUCUAUUGAAUGACAUUAACAUGGGGUCAGUCAUGCAUGAAUUUAUGAAUUCUAUAAACUGUAAUCGACUUGGAACAGAUAAUUUAUAUGACAGUCUUUGAACAUGGAGCAAGCAAGAUAUAUUUAUCUGUUCAUUUCACUGGUUCAGUGUUUCCUUGUCUGUGUGAAAGGUGGUGAUGAAUGCCAGGCAGACAUUAGAGCAGGAAACAGUGAUUAUAAUAUUGGUGUACGUCAAGUUCCUGCUCUUUUCACAUUUGGGGACUCCAUUGUGGAUCCGGGCAACAAUAACUUCAUACCCACCUUGGUUAAAGCUAACUUUCCACCCCAUGGCAGAGAUUUCAUUGAUCAGGAGCCUACAGGUCGCUUCUGUAAUGGGAAACUCUCCACAGAUUUUAUUGCUGCAGGGCUUGGGCUGAAGGACAGACUGCCUCCAUUUUUAGAUCCCCUCCUUGAUCUCCAAGAUCUGCUCACAGGUGUAAGCUUUGCUUCUGCAGGAACUGGAUAUGACAACCUCACUGCGGAGGCUAUUUCUGUGAUACCGUUGUGGAAACAAAUGGAGUAUUUCAAAGAGUACAAAUCUACGUUGACAGAGAUGGUCGGAGAAGUAAACUCAUCCUUUCUAAUUGGAGAAGCCAUAUUCCUAAUCUCAGCAGGGACUAAUGAUUUUCUUGGGAAUUACAACCAAUUUCCCCUUAGAAGGCAGCAGUUCAACAUUGAAGAGUAUGAAGACUUCCUGGUCGAAAUCUGCAGCAAUUUUAUAGAGAAGCUGUACAAAGCUGGAGGUAGGAAAUUUGGUGUUUAUGGUAUUCCCCCACCUGGGUGCUUACCACUCUCCAAAACAUUGUAUGGGCAACCCAAUGCAGAGGGAUGCAUUCAGGAGCUUAACAAACAUGCUGUCUCUUAUAACACAAAGUUAAAGUCAAUGGUCAGGGGCCUCAAACUCAGCCUCCCUCAGAUUAAAGUGACCUACAUAGACAUCUAUAACAGUUUUCAUGACAUUGUACAAAACCCUGUUAAAUAUGGAUUUGAAAUUUCUAGUAGGGGUUGCUGUGGAACAGGGCUGACAGAAGUUGGGCCUACAUGCAACAGUAAAAACACAAACACUUGUUUAAUUGCUUCCAAGUAUGUGUUUUGGGAUGCUGUUCAUUCUACAGAGAAAACAUAUGAGAUUACCGCCAAGAUGGUGUUAGAGGCUUAUAUUUCAAAGCUGCUAUAGUGACCAUUAAAGCAAAUAUAUAUUUAUGCUAAUGUUUAGUGUAUAACAGAUGUUUAUGUGAAUUGGCAUUUAAAAUUUAAUGCAACCCUAUUUUUUUUUUAGUUAAAAAUGUAAGUUUCAUUUUGGUGGGGUAGGGGGAAACAGCUAUCUAGUCUUUCAAAUGUACCAAUGCAUAUGAGUUAUGGUGUAUGAGGGUAAUUUAUGCAUUGAUGCAUCCUAUAGGCUGUAUAACCAUUUCCAAGGUAGUAUAGGGGAGUGUAAUAUUACUGAUUGAAAUUGUGAAACUUUAUUGUAAUAUAUAUAUUAGAUUUUAUGGCUA